ACAGUCAAACACUUUUUUUUAACCUGUGAGCAAUGCAAUCGUCAUCUUUGUUUUUGGAUUUUGCUGGGUGCACUGCACUGUCCAGUCCCAUAGAGGCUGAUGGCUGAAUUCCUUGGCAGUAGGUUACCCUGUUGGCUGUUGGCUGGCCCCUUAAUACACUCCUGUAUUGACAUAAUGAUUGAUUGUGAGCUGCUGUGUAAAAUCAGCUGAGGACAGUAUUUAGUGAAAAGGUGACGAAUUUCUAUAUUUGGGAAGCUUUAAAUAAUCCUGGUUGAAACACUUUGGUCUUUCUGCAGUAUAAAACUACUUGUGUCUCCAGAAUAAAAGGAGAAUAAAUAAAUUGGAAGUUCAAUACACACAGGUAAUACGCACCUUAUAAUAAUGGGGCAAGUCUAUAGAAAUUUCUGCAAAUAGUUACUGAGUAUUCAUUGUAGGUAACACUUGUUUAAUUGUUUUACAGCUAAUUACCUUAAUACAGCAUGUUGGGACAUCAUUUUCUAAUUUUAAAAAUGUACCAUUAAUAAUUUACCAAACUGUGAGCUCAAUAAGAUUAUUAAUCUAAAAAUAAAUGGAUGGAUGGAUGGAUAAAAAAUUUUAAAACAGUUUUCUAAUGUGGUUACGGUUUCAAUUCGCCUGACCAUUCCUUUAUUACACUACAUUAUCACUGCUCUAUUAUGUUAUAUAAUUUUAAAAUAUUUAAAAUACAUUGACUUCACUAGUAGGCUAGAAUAAAAGUCCCUUUUUGGAUUCCCAUUUUAGUUUUUCAGUCAAGCUCACAGGGUUAUUGUGUUGGGUUAAGUGCUUCAGAAUCUAAUUACUCUAAUGUUGACUGCAACCUUAAAUCACACUUACUGGCUAAGUGCACUGGUUUGUCUGUCCUUCAGUGGGAAGCUCCGUGCUGCUUCCUGAGUAAUUAUUCCGAUUGGAUAUGAGCUAUUACACUUAUUGGCUGGGGCAUGGCAUCGCAAGCCUGGCCUCUGAUUCGUUGCCAGUGGCACCGUUUUGCUGCUUACCAUUGGCUUCAGAGGGACAGUGGGAGGAGAUUUUGCCCUUUCCUCCUUGUGCUACAGCAUGAGUGAGGACUCUUUCUCUGCCACUGAAUGACUGCAGGUAUUGGUUUCUGCCUGUAAAACAGCCUGUGUGUGUGUGCGUGUGCAUGUGUGAGUGAGUGAGAGAGCGAGAACGAUAGUAAGAGAGAGAGAGACGCAAGCAGCGCCUCAUCCUCCCCUUCUGGCUUCCCUCUCUCCCUGUUCCCUAUCACUCCUUCCUUCUUCCUUUUUGGACCACCCAUCUCCAACUGGACUGACCUGGACCUCUGUGCACCUUCAGCCUCCAGUCCUUUUCACUCUCCUCAUUUGUCCUGCCAACCCAGUCAGCUUGACAGCAGGCCAGCUCUUGAGCUGGGGUCAGAAAAUGAUCUGUGAAGGUGAAGAAAUGCAAGGAGGGGGAAAUCCUUCAUAGAAGUGUCUACAUUGAAAACAACAAAGCUCUGCUGAAGGAAAUAUUGUUUUAUCAAACCAGAAAACAAGGGCUUUGGUAUUUCAAAACAUCUGUAAUUGGUCAGAGAAAUCAUAUAAUUCAGGUGGAACCACACUGGAUAAGCAGACCUUUCCACACCUUUUUGGGAGUGUUACAGUGCUGGGUCACAUGACCUGGAAGAGAAAACCCAAAGGACUUGUGGGAUCCCUCUUUGAAUGGGCCGGUUAUCAACCUGGAGAGAAAUCCAAAGGCUGAUGAGCUGAUUUGUAUGGUGACGCAGCUGUGCUCGUCCCCCUCGGACUCCGCUUCCAUUUAUGUCCUGAGCUUGGCAGCCCUCUGCCAUUUCGGUGACUGGUUGGCUGCAUUACCAUCACACUCUUCUAGCCUUUGGGGGAUUCCUGUCACGUGACUUAAGUCCUGCCUCACCUCCACUCCCAGUAUGGACCCUACCAAAAUCCAGUCAGAAGGAGGGCUGAAUGUCACCCUCACCAUCCGACUCCUCAUGCAUGGCAAAGAAGUGGGAAGCAUCAUUGGCAAGAAAGGGGAAACAGUAAAGAAAAUGCGUGAGGAGAGUGGUGCACGAAUCAAUAUUUCAGAGGGAAACUGUCCAGAGAGGAUAGUCACCAUCACAGGCCCAACAGAUGCUAUCUUCAAGGCUUUUGCCAUGAUUGCCUACAAAUUCGAAGAGGACAUUAUAAAUUCCAUGAGCAACAGUCCAGCCACCAGCAAACCACCCGUCACGCUGCGGCUAGUGGUGCCAGCCAGCCAGUGCGGCUCUCUCAUUGGCAAAGGAGGCUCCAAGAUCAAGGAGAUGAGGGAGUCCACAGGUGCCCAAGUGCAGGUGGCAGGGGACAUGCUUCCGAAUUCCACAGAACGUGCCGUGACAAUCUCGGGGACCCCAGAUGCCAUCAUCCAAUGUGUCAAACAGAUAUGUGUGGUCAUGCUGGAGUCCCCACCAAAAGGUGCCACCAUCCCCUACCGCCCCAAGCCCGCCUCCACCCCCGUCAUUUUUUCAGGUGGCCAGGUAAGAGCCGACCCCCUGGCAGCGUCUGCAGCCAACCUCAGCCUUUUACUGCAGCACCAGCCACUGCCUGCCUACACAAUUCAGGGACAGUAUGCCAUUCCGCACCCAGAUCAGUUGACCAAGCUCCACCAGUUGGCUAUGCAGCAAACCCCUUUUACUCCCCUCGGACAGACCACCCCCGCUUUCCCUGGUUUGGAUGCCAGUCCCCCGGCCAGUACUCAUGAGCUCACCAUUCCCAAUGAUCUAAUAGGCUGCAUAAUUGGGCGCCAGGGAACCAAAAUCAACGAGAUCCGGCAGAUGUCUGGAGCACAGAUCAAAAUAGCUAAUGCCAUGGAAGGGUCAUCCGAGCGCCAGAUCACCAUCACAGGAACCCCCGCCAACAUCAGCCUUGCCCAAUACCUCAUCAACGCAAGGUUCAGAGACGUGGCAGCCAUGUGGAAUGACCCCUCAUCCAUGUCUACAUCCUGAAGCUCUAAAACAGCCCCAAUACCCGAUGCUUACAGCCGCCAUCUCCCUAUUAAACUGAUGUGUACCCCUUAGAUUAAACUAGGCCUGACUUAUUAUCUGAUUGUCAACCUCCAGCAGUUCCUCACCAUGUAUGAGGAGGCAACUGCUGAUAAGGACAAAAAAUGGUGUAGUUUGUUUUUGUUCUUAUAGUGUUUGGGUACAGUUCUCCAGCAUGCCAGAUAUUUAGGAUUCAGCUGUGUUAUUCUCUCUUAGGUUUGCUUGUAUUGCUCAGCAGGACUGCAGUUUUCAUGUCAGGGAAACCAACAAAAAUGUGAUGUGAAAAAAAUGUACAUGUGACUGCUACCAAGCAAUGCUGUUGGCUGAGGAACUGGAGUGAUGUGAUGCAAUUUUUCAGGUCCUGAUAAAAAAACAAAAUGGAAAUGGGCAAUGAGAAGAUCCUAUUGAGAAUUUAUAAAGAAAUAUUGUUUACUUAGUUUAUAAUUCAAAUAUAAUGUAAACUUUGUAUCAAUUUGGCCAAGGGUUUGGGGAUUGGGAUUUUUAGUUUUCCUCUUUAACACUGUAGGCUUGAAUGCAUACCUAAAAUGUAGCUCUUCAGCAAGAAAUUACGAUGGUUGUAAACUACGGAUUUCACUUUUGUUGUAUACGUCUCAAAUGCUCUCAUGAUUGUUUUCUAUAUCUCUUCUUUACCCUCUUACCCUGACCCUCUUCUCCAAACUGUUCUAGGCUGACAUCUGAGAUCACUGGAAUGGGCACACUCUAAUUUCUACCAAUCAUCCUUCACUGCAUCACAUGACCCUCUUGAGCUAAUGGCAUUGCACCUAGUUUUCUUUCUACCGUUUUCACUGUCCUGCAUUUUAAGUGAUUAACUUAUUUAAAAAAUGUAUAGAUAUUUAUAUAUACCAUUCUAAUUUCCCACUGACCAUACUGCUCCUGCAUUAUCCUAUGUUGAUUUGUUGCUCCAGACCUGCUCCCGUGUUGUUUUAAAAGGACACUGUACUGUUUUGGCACUCUAGUGCAGUCACCUUCCAUUCUGAAUAACAUGAAGUUCACUGUGAUUCUUUUUUUGGUUUAUAUAUAUAUAUAUACUUUUUUUGUUCUGUAUUUUGUGCCCUACAGGCACAUCAAAGCCUUUUUAAGUCAGUGGACAAAGAUAGAACUGCAUGAUUGUGAAUCUGAUGUUUUAUAAAGUAAUGUUUAAUUGUUGUUCAUAGUUGUAAAGCAUAGACCAUACCUGAUUCAUCCAGGAACUUCAGGCCAGUGCAUUUCACACAGGGUAGUUUAUAAAGAUGGAUAGGGUACAAGUUUCCUUUUAGUAGGACCAGCAUACAAAAUGAUAAAUAUAAUACAUUAUGCAUUCUGUAUUUUUGUUUAUUUUAAACAAUGUUUGAGGUAUGUGAACAUUCUAGCAUACUAGCAAUUGUGUAAACAGUAUAGUUGCAAUAUUUGAACUAUAAGAGAAGAAUAUUUCAUAUUUGAUAACUUAUGAUGUAAUCAAAUAAAUUAUUAAUUUAAGAUGUGCAUCUAGGUGUUUUGAAGAAUUUUACUAAAAUCAUUUUAUCAUUAUUGAAAAAUAUUACUUUUUCCUCUUAAAAUGUAUACCAGUAUUGUAAUGCUCAAAUCAGUCCAUUUGUACUCUUAUUCAUGCCACCUGUUAUAUGCUUUCUGCACAUCACAUUUGAUUUUUAUUUUCUUUCCCUCACUCUGAAAAACAUAAAAAAUUCUGAAAUAUCUGUUAUUCUUGCCUUGGCGUUCUGCUCUUUGCAUUACACAAAGGCUUGAAAAUUAUUUUCUUCAUUCAUGCACACAUUAGAAAUUCAAUAUAGCCUACUGAUCAUUGUUGCAAAUUGACAACGGUACUACAAUCCAUAACUUCUCAAACUCAAUGUGACAUGUUAGAAAUGAGCACUACGCCCUCAGUAUUAGAACUGAUCCAAUCCUUUCAGAGCUAUGGAAUGUUAAAGGGUUCCAUCCAAACCCCAACGUGGCAACAGUGCCACCUGCGUAGCGUGAUUGUGUCUUGGUUUUGUUUCAUGAUCAUCAUGUGCAUUUUAAUAUCUGUGGAUAUGUUUUUUAGAUGUUGAUAGAUUUAUUGCAAGUCACAAUGUGGUUAAAAUUGUUGGGAUGUUUAUGUAAUCGAAAUAAAGCAAUGUUAGUUUACCUGACUUCAGCUACACUCCUAUUAAUAGCUUGUGGCUAUUUGAUGUUGGGCUUGAAUUUAAAUAUAAGGUUUAGAUUUUUGCACACAGAUUCACGGAAUGUACCACUGGUUUACCAUCAGUUACUAUAUGAAAUGAUACUGAUCGUUAUUUAAAACCACUUACUUCCCCUAAUUUCUUGUGGACAGCAUUAGAAAUAAGUACUACUGGGUCAUGAAUGAGUGCUCAAUUGCAAAUCUCCAGAAGACUCGAAACUUACCUGUAGAGUGCGAUGACGCAAAUAACAUUCACCUUUACCUUUCUUUAUCCAGUCUGGCAUUAUUUUUUAUCAUUUGAGUUUUCCAUAUUGAUGAAAUAAUUGAUUUGUCAGUAUUUUGUUUUGUUUGUUUUCCGUUUUUCAGGCUGUGAAGAGCAGUACAUGUUGCAAUGAUAAAACUUAUUUAUUUCUUCUGACCUUUGUAUUUUUAACACCAUUCAAAAAUUAUAAAUACGUCAAGCUAAGUGUAUUAGCAUCAACUGAAUUUAAGGUUUUAGUGCUAAACUAAAUUUGAAUGUAAUUCUACACAAAUGGAUAUGACAAUUGUGAUUUUUAAAGUAACUAAUUUAUUGGCCUCUUUGUGUCUUUUUAUUUUGAAAAAUAAUACCUGUCCAACAACAAAUCUUAAGUAAUUUGUAUAUUAUUUUAAGUAGCUUUAAUGAUACAAACAGAAUACAAUCCCACAGCAGUAUGUAGUCAGAUCCAAAAAUUUACUUUAAGGAGGUAAAUGCAAAGGCUGUGUAAAUAUGGAUUUGUGUGACUUUCUGUAGCCUUGAUAAUUCAAUGCAGAGUUUACUAGUGAUAUACAGUGAAUGAUAGAUAUGAGUGUAUCUUUCUUUGAAAUUUGUCCUUUAAUUUUUUUGUGUUCUUGAAAUGGCCACAAAAUAUUUGCACUGUUUUGAAAUGUGUUUUUAUCUGAUUUUGUUGGAUUGUAAUUAAGUAACAUUUAAUUUGGAUUAAACCUCUAUGGAAUGUGUAAUAAAUACCAUAUAUGCAAUGUAUACAAUACUAGUUCACUGUAAAAUCAGACAAUCCUAAUGCACUCUAUAUGUAACACUCUUGAAUUUGGUCUGAAAAUAUACAACAGAAAUAGUUUAAGUGUUACAAAAAUUAUAUUUUUGUUCUGAUGUUUCCAUCCCCAAACAAACUACAAUUAAUGUUAAUUAAUACUACUAUUUUAAUCAUGGUUAUACAGUUGUUGUGUAUGUAUUGUUUACUUUCACAGCUAGCUUUUUGAAUUACAAAAAAGUGAUAAAUUUUUUCUGACAGUGUGA